AUGUCGUUUUUUUCUGGUGCUCACAAAAAAAGUCUCGAGUCUAUUCGAUUUACUAAUAAUAUCAAGGAUUACGACCUAAUUAGUGAUAUAGGUGGUGUGGACGAUAUUUCAUUUCUUUACUUGGCCAAAUUCAUCCCAUCAGGUGAAGUUGUGGCUCUUAAAUACACUGAUUUGACAAUCUCACCCGACUAUGAGUUUGUAGACGAACUGAUUCGAAGUGUUCACAAUACUAAAAUGUGUCGACAUCCCAACGUGUUACCAUACUUUCACACGUUUGUCGAAAAUGAGCGCUUGUGGUCUGUUACUUAUCCAAUCAAAGCAGGAACAUGUCGUGGUAUUCUCAAAGAUCAUUUCAAUACGGGGUUCAGCGAGUCAGUUGUAGCUGCCAUUUUGAAAGAAGUUCUCAAGGCGAUUCAAUACAUGCAUCAAAAUAAAAUGAUUCACAAUGAUAUUCGUGCAAACAAUAUCCUUAUUGAUCAUCACGGCAAGGUGCGCAUUACUGGUUUGCGUCAAAUGGUGCACUUGUCGCGUAACGGCGAAUAUGUUCAAUCGGUGUUUUCGCUUGUGGGUGACAACAUUGAAUGGGCAGCACCGGAAGUCAUCACACAAAAAGCCAAUUUUGACGAGCAAGCGGAUGUUUAUUCUCUGGGUAUUACUGCAUUAGAACUUGCUUAUAACAAAACACCAUUUGAUGACUGGCCACCUCUCAAGGUACUGCUAUGUAAAUUAGAGUAUGAUUGUCCAGCAGUUGCAUCAGAAAAAGUGCUGUCCAAGAAUUUUUAUCGGUUUGUGCAAGCGUGUUUGGUAAAAGAUCCCAAUGGGAGACCAACAGUGCAAAAUCUGCUCGAAUUUCCGUUUAUCAAGCAAGCAAAGGGAAUUGGGUAUAUCGAAUCGCACGUUGUACGUCGUAUGGCUGAUUCACAAGCCAGUCCCAUGUCAGAAUCAGCCGAAAUGCUAGAUGUGGCAACGAACGUAAAAACAAUAGAAAAAGUAGGUGAAAACAUGAAUGAUUCAUUUAAUGGACUAAACCCUCCCCCAACACAAGCUCCAGUCUCUGCCAACGGAAACUCGCCGCGUCUAGACGCACAAUACUCUCAUGAAAUAGGCACAGCUAGAUAA